AUGACUACCCCCACAGAUCCUAAGGCCAGCAGACCGCCGACCGAAAGCGCUCCGAUGAUGAAAAUACGUCGUCCAAGAGCAGCAGAUCCCCUCGUGCGGCCCAAGAGGAGACCUCCACCUGGACGACCUGGUACAAAUCCCGCGGCAGCGAAGGGUGUGCCAGCUCCAAAACCAAUUUCAGCUGGCCCGUCAACUAUCAAAAAUGCCACGGAACCGACACCGCUUCGAUCUCAGCGACCCAAUGUACGAGAAGACAUGACUGUAAAUGGAUUCAGCAGCCCGCCACUUUCUACUUUCCAAGACUACCCACUCGUCACCACCAAACGCGCAUUACGGGAGGGACUCAAACAUCAUGUUGCCAAGUUUAUUUCGAAGAAGGCCAUCGAUCCAAGGAAUGAGCAGCAAUUUACGAGGCCAGUACGAUUACAACGUCGCGAUCCACGAGCAAAACCUCCAGACCCAGACGCCGUCAAACGCGAAGAUGAAAAACCCAUCCCAUGGGCCAUGCGAGAUAUGACAGAGGCCGAGCGAGCAGAAUUUGAAGCUAAGAAAGCUGCGCGAGAGAAAGAGCGAGAAGAAAAUCUGGCUCAAAUCGCGCCAUCAGCAGCCACGGCUCAAAAGCGAACGAAUCUACCGAAACCAAAAACCCAGCAAGUCAUGAAAGCAGACAUGACCGCGGAAGAGAUUGCCAAAGCUCGAGUCAAGUAUGAAGAGGCUUUGCCGUGGCACAUGGAGGAUUUUGACAAUAAAAAUACAUGGAUGGGCAAUUACGAAGCGGCUCUUUCCGAGACCUAUGCGAUGUUCGUUCUUGAGUCCACUGGCAAAAUGAGAAUGGUCCCGAUCGACAAAUGGUACAGAUUCAGCGCGAGAAACGCGUUCAAAACGUUGACGAUCGAAGAGGCCGAAAAGUUCAUGUCGAAGAAGAUCAAGGAUCCGCGAUGGUUCAUGGAAAAGCAGCAGGAGGCCGUUCGACAAAAAGAGCUCGACGCGUAUGCUAAACAGAGGAAAGUCUAUCGAGGCAAGGAGGUAUCUGUCGCAGGCCUGGAUGGCAACGAUAUGGACUUUGAAGAGGAUAGAUUUGCGGAUGAUGAAGAGGUUGAUGCGGGUCUUUUUGAAGAGGACGAGGAUACCAAGGCUGCGGAGCAACGUAUCAAGCAGGAUCAACUGAAAGCUAAUGUUUUCAAUUUAAAAGAAGAGAAAGAUUACGACGAGGAGGAGAUGAGAGAGAAGAGGGAAAAGGAAGCCCGCAAAGUUAUUGGAAAAAAGGUCCGAAAGGCACUACAGCGACGGGAGAAGAACUUUGAUUAUAGCAGUGGUUCGGAUGUCAAUCCCUACUCUGAUGAAGAGAGUUCCGAUGAGGACAGUGACGCCGAAAAUGAAAAGGAAGAGGAUAAGAAAACCGAAGAAGAAAAGGCUCUUGCCAAGGAGAAGGAGAAAGAAUCCGGCGCAUCCACAAAAGCGAGCACACCAUCUGGCCGUCCGAAGCAUACGGAUGCCCUCAAAAAAGCGAGCGGCAUUGGUCGUAAGCGUAUCGGAUCUCCCAAUCUCUCAGAUGCCAGCGGAACGGAUACAUCUCGCAAGAAGCCCAAACAUGCACAGCCUCAUUCUAUUCCUUCUCCUUCAUCUGGCCUAGCUCACGGUGCCAAAAAGAGAAACCGACUCGGCGGCCCCGGAUCAGGCAGUGAUAUCGAGGGCGGUGCCCUCUCCGGUGCAGACCUCAGCGACGCCGGUAAACCAAAGAAACUCAAACUCAACCUUUCUCGAGCUGGUACUCCCCUUGGCUCGCGCUCGGGAAGUCCAGCCGCACCUCUCCGCGCCGGAACACCAGAGGGCGGCUCAGCUCUCAAAGGCCCUCUCCGAACCUCAACCCCCCGCCCCUCCAUACCUGGCGCCGCAACACCAGCAGGAACAAACACCACAUUCCCAACCCCCGCUGAAAUCCACGCCGCCAUCCCCGCAUCCGGAAUCGCAAGUCGCGAUCUACUCAAAAUCUUUCAUCCGCGGAUUGGCGAAUCGAAAGAAAACCAUCGCAAAUUCAUUGCUAUUGUCAAGGAUGUUGGUGUUUAUGGGAAGGAGGACCGGUUGUUGAGACCCGGUGUGCUAAAGGAGUGA